GCCCGGAAGGUCAGCGUGUGAAGGAGGCUGUGGUAACGCGGGACUUCUCGCUCCUGCAGUGGAGCAACUGCCGAGCGCUCGGCCCCGGCUUGAGACCGCGGCGGGAACGAGACGGCAGUUUCCUGAGACACCAUGGAAGGCGGCGGGGGAAGUGGUAACAAAACCACAGGGGGAUUGGCUGGUUUUUUCGGAGCCGGCGGAGCAGGUUACUCGCACGCGGAUUUGGCUGGCGUCCCGCUAACUGGUAUGAACCCUCUGUCUCCUUAUUUAAAUGUGGAUCCACGAUAUCUUGUGCAGGAUACUGAUGAGUUUAUUUUACCAACUGGAGCUAAUAAAACCCGAGGCAGAUUCGAACUAGCCUUCCUUACCAUUGGAGGAUGUUGUAUGACAGGAGCUGCAUUUGGAGCAGUGAAUGGUCUUCGGCUAGGAUUGAAGGAAACCCAGAACAUGGCCUGGUCCAAACCAAGAAAUGUACAGAUUUUGAAUAUGGUGACUAGACAAGGUGCACUUUGGGCUAAUACUCUAGGUUCUCUGGCUCUUCUUUAUAGUGCAUUUGGUGUUAUCAUUGAGAAAACACGAGGUGCAGAAGAUGACCUCAACACAGUAGCAGCUGGAACCAUGACAGGCAUGUUGUAUAAAUGUACAGGUGGUCUUCGAGGGGUAGCACGAGGUGGUCUGGCAGGACUAACACUUACCAGCCUCUAUGCACUAUAUAAUAAUUGGGAACACAUGAAAGGCUCCUUUCUUCAACAGUCACUCUGAAGAUUUUUGCCAACUAUGAAUGUGGGACACUUCGUUAGUCAUUCAGACCAAUUAAUCAGUCUGGAGUUACCUUCUUUUCUACCUACAAUUAAUUUGAGAAAUUAUAGAGAUUCUGAUUUGCUGUGCUAAAGAUCAGGACUGGCAUUUCUUAGUUAAAGACAAAAACCCUUUGAUGGUUCACUGAGUAAAAUGUGGUUCUUUGGA